GCUGCUCUUUGAUGGUCCUGAUGCUGCAGGUGUAUUUAAAGCGUGAGUGAGCAUCAGUCAUUCAGUGUGUCGAGAUGUCUGAAUCUCUGUUGCCCGCGUGCAUCCUCUGUCUGCUCGCGCUCUCAUCAGCCUGCUACAUCCAGAACUGUCCGCGCGGUGGGAAGAGAUCUCAGCCAGACACCAGCAGACAGUGUGUGUCGUGUGGUCCUGGGAAUGCGGGCCGUUGUUUUGGUCCCAGUAUCUGCUGUGGAGCAGCUCUGGGUUGUCUCAUGGGUUCUCCAGAGACGAUGAGCUGCAUGGAGGAGAAUCAUCUGUCGAGUCCCUGUGAGACCGGAGGGAGACCGUGUGGAGCUGAAGGACGCUGCGCUGCUCCUGGAGUCUGUUGUGACUCAGUGAGUUGUGUUACGGACUCCGAGUGUUUGGACGACGUCAUGCUCGAUCGCAGCAGACUCAAGAGUGUGUCAGGAGAAAUACUGCUGCGGUUGUUAAAUCUGGCCUGAAGAGGUCACAGAGAUGAUGAUGAUCGUCUCACAGAACACAUCUGCGUCUCCAGCGUGUACAUAUGUAGUAAAUGGACAAAUGGGAAUCUGGUUUGUUUCUGCAGAUUGUUUGUUAUUCUUAGAGAGUUUCCGUUUGCCUCUAUUGUCCCAAAAGCUGUUCCACUUGUUGCUGCUUUUGUAUUGAUACAAUGCAAAAGAUUCCCGAGAGCAAUUGCCCAUAAGACAGUUCAUGUUGAGUCAAUAUCAGCCCGUAUCUCUCUCAGGGCAAAGGAUCCUGCCUGUCCGGUUUGAAAAACUACUCUUCAAUGGCUUAAAGGUGCACUCUGUCAUUCUUCCCCCAUUAAAAAAAACAAACAUUUUACUUCUAAAGACAUUAAAGGUCAUUUUGAAACAUGUAUAAAAUCUCCAGUCUAAAAACUCCAGUCAUAUCAGCUGUUUUAUUGUACAUGGGGCAGGGGUGCCCUCAUGGGGGCGGCCAUGUUGGAAUCACAUGACCAGCUGAAUACUACUCACUUAAUCUCAGUAACCGUCUCGUUAUUGGACACUUUCUCUCUUAUUGAGAAAUUUAUACAACGUCAUCUGUGACUGAAAACGAUUGAUUUUCACUGAUGCAGCAUCCACACCACUAGGUGUCACUGUAAGUACAA